AUGUUUUUAUCGCCGUUUCCCAUAAGACCGUUACCCGAAACGUCCAUCCUCAAAAAGGGUGACCCUGCGCCGCCGCCAUUAGACCUUCGAGUUUUUCCCAAAUUAUCUCCCAGUCAAUUUCCGGAAAAUGCGGUUAACGACGAUAAAAACGAGGAUAUAUUGUUUCGCGCCUCGAUAAUUGCGAUCCUCCCAAUAAAAUUAAGGUUAAGGAAUAUAAAAUUUCCACGGCUGCCCGAGGAAACAGGCCUCCAAAAUAAUUCGGUAACUGGCGAAAAUAAUACCGUUGGUCGAUUAUUCCGUUUACAAUCGGAUAUAACAAUAUUCGGAAAUAAUCCCGGAAAUAACCCAAUAAAUAAUAUCCGUUCCAAUUCCUAA